AAGCAGUGUUGCAGAGAAACUUCACCGAUGUUGUUUUGGAAAUGAGAUGAUUAAGGAGUGAAGCGUUGAGAUGCCAACAAGACCCAGAAUUAAGGAAUAGCUCGGUCAACGUAAGACGAUGUGUAGGACAACUGUACUCUCCGGCAGCUGCGGUUGUUUUUAUCUGUUUUGUUUGCUUUGUUGUGGAUUCCUCCCAAAUGUUUGUGCUUGUAAACACGAGCCAGAGACCCCAGACUGGAGGAUGACUCUGAAAACUAUCCGGAACGGAAUCCAUAAAAUCGAUACUUACCUGAAUGCAGCACUGGACCUGUUCGGUGGCGAUGACGGAUUGUGUCAUUAUAAAUGCAGUGAUGGAUACAAGCCAGUGCCUCGUCCUGGGUACAAAAACCCUCCACCCAAUGGAUGUGGCUCUCCGCUCUUUGGGUUUCAGUUUGAUAUAGGUAUCCCAUCAAUGACCAAGUGCUGUAACCAGCAUGACCGCUGCUACGACACCUGCGGCCGUGAGAAGCAUGAGUGUGACGAGCAGUUCCAGGAAUGCCUCGAGACCAUCUGCAGAAAUGUACAGAAGACUCUGGGAUUGCACCAGUCUGUCCAAGCGUGCGAGUCAGCGGUGACGCUGCUGUUUGACGCCGUCAUGCAUCUAGGGUGUAAGCCGUACCUGGACAGUCAGCGGGAGUCGUGCGUGUGCCAGUACGAAAUGAAGAGAGAGCUGUGACGCCGCGCAGCAGAAACACAGACUGUGCAGCGAACACAUACAGAAACUGCUGCAGCAUCAGAAAGGCUGCAAAUAACAUUUGUUUUUAACACUACUAGGUUUACUCAGGGAUGGAGCUACAUUUGCUGGACUCUUAACUGUGCUCAUAAAAAGCCUUUCAUCAGAGUUUUAAAAUCUAUCUGUAAAAGUGAAAUGAGUCUGUUGGACAGCUAUAAUAUGUUCUGUUAACUGAUUAUUUAUGCAGUGAAUACUUUUUAAUGUGAAUGUCUUUUCUUGAACUAAAAACUCGUGCUUUAGGACCCAAUAUAGACAGGUUUUUAAAUGAUGUUUUAUGGUUUUCAAAAUGUAUUUAUUUAAAAGGAAAGUGCUCCUUAAAUAAUAAUUAAAGAGUAUAAAUGCACAAGAUUUGGCACAACAGCUAAGUUUUAUCUAUUGUGCAAAUAAGCAGGUAAAAAUGUUUUUUAAGGUCAUAUUUUGCACCAAAAGGGGAAACGCUAAUAUUGCCUAAAUGUGUAUGGGGGUGUGUGCUCAUUUCUCCACACUACUGAAUGGAUUUUGAUUCAAACUAAGUAAACAUUAAAUUAACAUUAAAACUGCUAAAGGUUUAUAGUCAGAACCAUUCAGAAUGGCUGCCAUAGGUAAUCAGCCUUAGGUAGCACUAAAGUGACUCGAACUUGGUCAAGUUUACCAAUACUGAGAUAAAACUGGAUGUGUUGGUUGCAAAUAACUCACGAUUUUUUUAUAUGUUUUUAAAUUGAACGUGGAUCUGUUUUGUUAAGAUUAAUCAUUAUGCAGGUAAAUGAAUUUAUGAAUACAGAAAUGUCCAAAAUGUCAGUCUGAGCCACCAAUCUAAUAGAUUAUAGGAGGUCUGCAGCUCAACAAAAUAAUGUUUACUGUUUAUUGUACUUUUGUGCUUCUGUUCCGUUUAAACAUAUUUGUUGUAAAAGUAACUUCUUCAAAAUUAAAAAUAAAUAAUUAUGUUGUUGGUAGUAGUAGCUGCUUUUCUAAUAAGAAUCAAUUUAUUAGGAUCCACAAGCACCCUUUUCUUCUUACAAAUUAAUUUUACUGACAAAAGAUGCACCUUGUGUUGAUUCAGCACCUGGUAAAUUAUGUGAAUUAUUUUAGGGGAUUACUAAUGAAAAUGUUUUGCUUGUGUCGUUGUUGUGAAAAAUGUCCCAUUAAAAAAAAAUCAAAUUAA